AUGACCCUUUACUUUGCCUCAACAACUGCUCCAGUGAAUAUUGCUACUUUAAAAUACUGGGGGAAAAGAGAUAAGGAUCUCAAUUUGCCAACCAAUUCGUCCAUCUCUGUUACUUUGGCACAGGAUGAUUUGAGAACGUUGACAUCUGUUUGUACAGGACCCGAACUUACCGAUGACAAGCUGGUGCUGAACGGUAAGGAAGAAUCUCUGGCGAGUGAGAGAACUCAAAACUGUUUAAAGGACCUACGUCAACUGAGGAAGGAACUAGAAAAUUCAGAUGCAAAAUUGCCAAAAUUUUCUGAAUGGAAGUUGACCAUUGUCUCUGAAAACAAUUUCCCAACUGCGGCUGGUUUGGCUUCUUCCGCUGCUGGGUUCGCUGCGUUGGUUGUCGCAAUCGCUAAAUUGUACCAAUUACCACAAUCCUUGUCUGAGAUUUCUAAAAUUGCAAGAAAAGGAUCUGGAUCUGCUUGUAGAUCGCUCUUUGGUGGUUACGUUGCGUGGGAAAUGGGUAACGAAACCGAUGGUUCUGAUUCAAAAGCUGUUGAAGUUGCUCCAAUGGCACACUGGCCCGAUAUGAAGGCUGCGAUCUUGGUCGUAAGUGCCUCUAAGAAGGAUACACCUUCAACCAGUGGGAUGCAAUUGACCGUCAAGACAUCUGAUCUUUUCAAAGAGAGAGUUAGAGACGUGGUCCCACGUAGGUUCGAAGAGAUGAAAAAAUCGAUCCGUGAGAAGAACUGGCCUCUGUUUGCUGAGCUAACCAUGAAGGACUCUAACUCCUUUCAUGCAACCUGCCUGGAUACUUUCCCUCCAAUUUUCUACAUGAACGAUACCUCCAAAAAAAUCAUCAAGCUAUGUCAUCAAAUCAAUGCUUUCUACAACGAAACUGUUGUGGCUUACACUUUUGAUGCUGGUCCAAAUGCUGUUCUUUACUACUUGAAGGAAAAUGAGCACAAACUGUUUGCAUUCAUCUACAGGACCUUUAAUAAAGUUUCUGGGUGGGAAACCAAGUUUUCUAGUGACGAGUUGGCUCAAUUUAUCAAGCACUUUGACACUACUGUCGCUAAAGACUUGGAUUUCGAAAUUGACGAUGAGCUAUGCCAAGGUGUUUCUAAAGUCAUUUUGACCCAGGUGGGACCUGGACCACAACCAACCGAUGAAUGUCUAAUUGAUACAGCUACUGGAUUGCCCAAAUGA